UCUCUCGUUACCUUCAUGUCCAUGUCAUCCUCCGUCAGGUGAAAAUCGCAGACAGUGGAGAAAGCCACGGAUGAUCCUGUGGUGCAACGGGCCUCCAGAGACCAUCCUUGGUUCGGUCCGCAGGGGCACCCAGCAGCGAAUAUGCUGUGUUGACUUGUUUUACCUAGCACCGAUGGUUUCUGUCCCGUCGAAUUUGCGAAAGCGAUGUAAUUCUUAGACACGUAAUCUGUCAUGGUUGUUUUUUGCUCAAGCCAGAAGUCUGGCUCUCUCGGGUCUGCUUAGCACCGAUGCAGUGGCCGUCGUGUAGGCAGAGUUCUGCCUCUCUGGCGGGGUGGUGAUCCUGUAACGCGCGGGCGCGAAACCUCUUUGUUGCCCGGCCCACGCGUCUGUCAGAGGUAACGAAGUUAGCUCGCGUUUGUGGGCGAGUUCAUGGGACUCCCAGCAUCGGGCCCGCGCAGCGGCACUCGGCCGCCAGCGUUCGCCGCGGUGGUUGCGUCGCUCCUCUGCGCCGAGUGGGCUCCCGCAGAGGCCACCAGGGUGGGCCGCUCGGGUCCCCCAGCGCAGGUGUCGAGGCAGCACAGGCUUGAUCCCAGCGGAGCCCUCCCUGACCUCAGAGCUGUCGGCGACUCGCUGGGCCUCAGCGCGACGGCCGGCGCCCCGCACUGGCGCGCGCCGCGGGCGAGCGGCAGCCUUGCAUUGGCGCGGACGGGGGGCGCGCGGGCGAUGGUGGCACGGGGAGCACGUGCGCCGUCCGCGGACGCGGGCGGAACGUCGUGCCGUUGCGUGUGCGGGCACACGGUCGUGUGGCACAGGGAGAUCUUCCGCGGGAACGUGGUGCGCGAGAAGGAGUACGAGUGCGAGGAGGAAGUCUGCCCAGCCGUCAGCAUCCCUGGGCUCGUCGCCACGGGUGAGUGCACGUACGUCGAAGACAUCCAGGAGCUCACCGCUGGGACCGUCUGCCUCUGCGUGUGCGGAGGGCGGGUCGCGUGGAGAGGCCGCGCGUUCUAUGGCAACGUCACGAGCGAGCGAGAGCGAGAGUGCCUCGAGGAGGUGUGCCCCGUCGUGAACCCCAUCCCGGGCCUCCAGUUCGAGGCGAAGUGCCGCUUCGUGAAGAAUUUGUUCAUGGAGAGCGACGCGCGCAGCGCAUCAUCGCAGCCGCCCCCUACGAGCCCUGACUCGCCGGCGAAGUCGGCGGCCCUGGUCGCGGGCAGGGCAGGCGUUUGCUUGGCCGCCGCUGGCCUGCUCCCAGGGCUGGCAUGAGGUGCGCUGCUUGGCCUGGCUGUGCGACGGAGGGAGCCACACGCCGCCCGCUGAUUCAAAAACAGCUGGCACCGUCAUGCUCCCACGCAUCUCUCGAAAGCAAUACCAUCAGCAUUUGCCUCGCUUCUGGGUGCCAAGCAUCAGUCUGGG